UUUACGGAUAAGGAUAAAGUUGAAUUUUAUAUAUUUGUUUACAUCCGUUUUUCGAAUUUUCUCAGUAUUACAAGUUGGCGCGAAGGCACAAAGCUCAAAUGCUUUUACAGGGCUAAAGAAUUCAAUGGAUGUAAAAUUUGAAGACUGCGGAGAAAUACAGAUAAGCUCGGACGCAUUCAGUAACUGGUAAAAUUAGAAUGGCAGAGUCAAAGACAAAAAAUCCAACAAAGAAAAAGAACAGGCAGGGAGAUGGUUGGGAAGAAAGAGGAGGUUAUAUGGCAGCGAAGAAACAGAAGUUGACAGAGCAGUUUCUGGGAGGGGGAACAGGAAUGGGGGCAGUGAAGUCCAACAUCUUCCACGGGGUUGUCAUCCAUGUGGACGGAUACACAAAGCCAUCUUCUGAUGAAUUAAAACGGAUUAUGUACCAAAAUGGUGGUCAUUAUGAACACUAUCUAGCCAAGAGAAGGGUUACCCAUAUCAUAGCAACCAGUCUCCCCAAUAGUAAGAUUACAAAGGGACUGAAACACUGCAGAGUGAUCAAGCCUGAAUGGAUAACAGAAAGUGUGGCUGCUGGGAGGCUUCUGUCAUACAUUCCCUAUCAGCUGUACACGGGUCAGACCAAAAUCCAACAAGGCAUGUCCUCCUACGCUACAGAGUCAUCAACAAAAAUCUGCAACUCCACCAUAGCAGGCAUAUGUACCAAAAAUGCCUUGAGCAGAAAUCUGGUAGGUGAGAGCAGCAGAUGUGGAAAUUUAGUGGAGAAAGAUGAUGAGGAAGAGCAGGAUGUGGAGAUACAGAGUAAGGUGGAAAAGCUUGUGAAGGAAGUGGAGAGUGGGUCAGAAGACAGUGAUUCAGACAAUGAGUUUGGAAGAUAUACAGUGGAAGCUGAUCCAAAGCAGGCUGUCCUGGAUGAUUCUCUGACAAAUGUUAGUGCAAAUGAAAAUGAGGCUUCCACUUCAGGCAUAUUUAAUGAAAAUGAGAUGGUAAGUGUUGGCACUUCAAAUGUUGCAAGUAAGGGUGGAGCCAUAAAAAGUCCAAAUCAUUCAAUUUCUAACCAAAUAAAAAGUCCUUCACCUAACAGCAAGCCUCAUGGAAGAGCAGGUGAUCCACAUUAUCUGAAUGAAUUCUACAACAAUUCAAGGCUCCACCAUCUCUCCACAUGGAAAUCAGAGUGGAGAGAGUAUGUCAGCAAAAUGUCCAAAGAGCAGACAAGUUAUUCAGGCAGAGAGGCUCUGAUGAAGGUUGUGAGUGACCAGGAGGCUGGCUUAGAGGCGCGGGACAUGGCUUUAGAGGGCGUCAGAAGUACGACAUCAGGGAAACCUAAACGUGUCAUAAUGCACGUUGACAUGGAUUGUUUCUUUGUGUCUGUUGGUCUGCGGAAAAGGCCAGAUCUUAUUGGCAAGCCAGUUGCUGUUACACAUUCUAAAGGCCAGGGUAGAAGAGGACCUAUUCCUGGGUCAGACAUUGAAUAUGAACAAAAAAUGUGGAGAAGUAAAAAAGAUAAAAGUAUAUCCACAAAUCCAGACCAGCAGUCUAAGAUGAACAACAGCACUGAGGAAUUUGGAAAAAAGGGAAAUCUGGAUGCAUUUUCUUCUAUGUCUGAAUUAGCUUCCUGUAGUUAUGAGGCAAGACAAGCUGGUGUUAGAAAUGGAAUGUUUAUGGGCCCAGCCAAAAAACUAUGCCCAGAUUUGCAGACAAUUCCUUAUGAUUUUGAAGGCUACCAAGAAGUUUCCAAAAUACUCUAUGAUACUGUAUUAAGUUACACACAUGACAUUGAGGCAGUGAGCUGUGAUGAAAUGUUGGUUGAUUGCACAGAUCUCCUGGCAACCACGGGCGCUGAACCUGAACAGUUUGCUUCUUUGCUGAGGAAUCAAAUACAUCUGAAGACAGGCUGCACUGCCUCAGCUGGAAUGGGAGGAAAUAUAUUACUUGCCAAAAUGGCUACAAAAAAGGCCAAACCAAAUGGACAGUUUUACUUGAAGGAGGCAGACAUUAUUGACUUCAUGAAAGAACAAUCAGUUCAAAAUAUUCCAGGAGUAGGCUGGUCAAUGAGUAGGAAGCUGAAGUCUAUGGGGGUCAGCACCUGUGGUCAGCUACAGGGGGUGCCUCAGUCUACCCUACAGAGGGAGUUUGGGCCUAAGACAGGGUUAUCUCUGUAUAGAGGAUGUAGGGGGCAGGACGAACGACAGAUCAAAACCAACCAGGAAAGGAAGUCUGUAUCAGCGGAAGUCAAUUAUGGGAUCAGGUUCAAAUCUAAUACAGAAGCAGACAAGUUUAUAUUGGAUUUGUCACAGGAAGUUCACAAUCGUCUGCAUGAAAUCGGAAUGAAGGGAAAAUCUGUGACUUUGAAAUUGAUGGUCAGAAGAGAAGAUGCUCCACAAGAAACUGCCAAGUUCAUGGGUCAUGGAAUUUGUAACAACAUCUCAAAAUCCACUAUGUUGCCCAUGGCAACAGAUGAUGCUGGUUUGAUCCACCAGGAGUGUAUGACUAUCUUACAUGGACUGCGACUGAACUGUGCAGACUUGAGGGGAGUUGGGAUCCAGGUACAGAAGUUAGAAUUGGCAGUUGUUGGUGGAAACAAUCAAAGGAAAUUGCAGAGCAUUCUCAAUUUCACUACAAAAGUGUCUGCUACAAAAACAAGUCCUCACAAGCAAAAUGGCAUGGAAACCAAAAGUCAUGAUCAGGUUGUGAAAUCUACACUCCCUGGAAAGCAGAGAGGUCCAGAUGACACUGUAAGUCCUAACAAUAAAUCUGCAGAUAUCCAGACAGAUGGGGAGGAGCGACACUGGACGGACACAUUGCUGAGUCUGGAUAGAGAAGUGAGUCCAGAUAAAGCCAGUCCAGACGGAGCCUCAGAACUCUACAGACACAUAGAGAAUGCCUUCUCCACCAAUCAGAACACAGAAGAGGGAAGCUGUGAUGGAGAGGGGCAGUUUCUAGAAGGGGCUGUUUGUCAAGACUUACUCUCAGAAUUGUCAAGGAGGAAAACGGCCAACCGGUUUCUUCCCCCCUUACCCACCCUAGACAUUCCGUCCACACCUGAGUACAGACACCUGCUGAACAGACCCAGUACCUCUACACAAGAGAGCAGCUCAGGGGCUCAUACUAAUGGUUCUACUGGGGACUACUUCCCAUCCCCCUCACAGAUUGAUCAGGACGUUUUAAGGGAGCUGCCACCAGACAUACGAGCUCAGGUUGAGACUGAGAUACAGAUGGUGAGACGAGGGCCUCGCCAGGCCAAACAGAACGUGUCCAGCUACAGUGAGGAGCCAGGCUGUUCUCACUGGACCUCAGGCCCAGCUCCCGUUACACAGGGUACCUCAUCCAUAGUACCUCUGCCAGACCUGUCUCAGCUUGAUGAAAGCUGUCUGAAUGCACUCCCAGAAGACAUGCAGAAAGAAAUCCAAGAUGCAUACCAACAUCAGCAGCAACAGAAGCAGAAUCUACAGUGUUUGUCCAAUGUACUGAAAUCCCCUAGAAAGGCCUCCCCAAAGGGGAAGUCACCUCGUAAAACCAGCCCACAAUUGAAGGGGAGAUCACCAGGGAAACACAGUCCACAGUUCAAAGUUCCCAGGGGUCGGCCGGGGAGAGGGCGCCCCAAAAAACUGGACUUCCGUCAGAGAGGGCAGCCCUCAAUCAUGACAGCUGUAACUGGGAAACAGGCAGUAUUUACGGAAGACCUCUUGUCAAAUGAUCAAAGCUCGCUAAGAAAAGGAGAGGAUGAGAAAAUAAACAAAAGUGUAAGAGACCAGCCAAUGGAGGUCGAGUCAUUUGAAUCAGAAGACACACCAGUCAAUCUCUGUGGUGCAGUAACUAUUGCAGAAGUUAGAUCACUGCUAAAGGAGUGGAUCCAAAGUUCUCCAGAACCUGAAGAAAAAGACAAACAGGUCGUGAUUGCCUACCUUCAGGAUUUAAUCUUAGAUAAAAACCUGGAACAAGUUGAUCUUGUAAUCAAAUUUCUAACAAGACACAUUAAAAAGACGGAUAAUUCAAACUGGGAAACUUUAUUUGAAAUAAUAUUAUCUGAAGUUCAGUCAUUUAUGAAAACUUAUCAUGGAGCUGAAUUGAAUGUCUGUUAGUGAUGCAGCAAUAAAACUCCCCCAAGUUUUACAAGCCAUCGUGAAGCUGCUGAGAAACCUUAAACGUGAUACAUAAGUGCCACCACUGAAACUGACAGCAAAUUGUGCUUUGUUUAGUGAAAAAGUAUUUAUUUAUUGGAACAUUUGCCAUUGUUUUCAAAUUUUGAGAUACACCUUCAUAUAGUGCUUGGGUAAUUUUUCUGCUGGAACAAUAUAACUUGGAUGUUUGUUGUAGCCCAUGGACUUCUUGUUUCCUUCUUUGUGGCCAUAUUUUUGUUUUAUCACUAAUUUAUUAUAUUGGUCAAGUUCUGCAUACUAGUCAUAAAAUGCUUUUUAUUUAUUAAGUCAUCAGAGUAACGUGGGUGACCUGUUGCUAUCCUUUUUUGUUGUUGUGCAUUGUGCAUCAUGCUUUAACAUACAAACCUUUUCAGCCUCUUGUCUGAAAAUGCAAAAGCAAUUCAAUCAAUUUCGGUACAUGGCAUCUAGUGGCAAAAGGGAAAAAAGGGGGGAAAAAUUAAUUAGAUUUUUAGCUCAAGUGAGCUUUUCUGAUCGCCCAUUGUCUGCCGUCUGUCUGUCUGUAAACUUUUCACAUUUUCAACUUUUUCUCAAGAACCACCGGGUAAUUUUCACUGAACUUGGUACAAAGCAUCGUUAGGUGAUGGGGAGUUUAAAUUGUUAAAAUGAAGAGCCAGUCCCCUUACAAGGGGAGAUAAUCAAGAAAAGACAAAAAAGUUGGGGUCAUGAAAAAAUCUUCUUCUCAAGAACCACUGGACCAGAAAAGCUGAAACUUAUGUGGAAGCAUCCUGAGCUAGUGUAGAUUCUAAAUUGUUACAAUCAUGACCCUAGGGGUAUGGCGGGGCCAUAAUAGGGAAUCCAAAUUUUACAUUGAAAUAUAAAGGAAAAAUCUUUUAAAAUCUUCUGAAGAACCACUGGGCCAGAAAAAGCUGAAACUUAUGUAGAAACAUCCUGGGUUAGUGUAGAUUCCAAAUUGUUUAAAUCAUGAUCCAGGGUUGGGGGUAGGGCAGGGCCACAACAGGUAUUACAGGGGAAAUCUGGUAAAGAACGGCAUCACCAGUGUUACUCAGGUGAGCGAUGUGGCCCAAGGGCCUCUUGUCAAUUUUUUUUGUGGAAUGCUACCUGAACAUGUUUUGACUGGUAUAUAUAUUAAAAUAUACUUUUUGACCUU